AUGGCAUCAACAGUCGCUAUUGGCGUCGGCAUCGCAGCCGCGGCUUUCUUCGGACGCGCUGGUCUGGUUGCUUUCCGCCGAUGGCGAAAUCCUAAUGGUCUCAAUGCCCUUGGCCGGCCAUUCUACAAGGGCGGCUUUGAACCCAGGAUGAACCGCCGAGAAGCCUCGUUGAUCCUCGAUCUCAAUGAACGGACGCUCACCAAGGAGAAAAUUCGAAAAAAUCAUCGCGCGCUCAUGCUAUCGAAUCAUCCUGAUCGUGGUGGCAGUCCGUACCUUGCGAGUAAAGUUAAUGAAGCGAAGGAAUUUUUGGAGCGCAAUGGCUGA